AGCAGGACAGUCGUAUCCCUGUAGAGCAACUGUCAAAAUGGCCGUCUAAGGUUUCGCUGCUGCUGCUGCUGCUGCUGGUGUGUUGUGCUCUGUGGUAUCGUCGAAUGGUGCACACACUUACUGCGUACGCACUCGGUGUCGAAGAACAAAAACAUAGAACAGCGCGAGCCAGCCAGCCAGCCAGCCAGCCAGUCAGCCAGCCAAACCAACAAACCAACUGGCACUGCGCGAUGGCGAACAGUUGUGGAAAUAAUCUCUUUUAGGCGGAGGUUUGUUGCGAAAAACCAUCAACCCCAGGCAGGCCAAAGCAAAAGGAAGCAUCCGUCGUUCCGAUUGUGCCACUCAGUAACGGGGUGUAAAACGGUGAUGCAGACUGGCCUUCUUCCCCCCACCCUUCGCCCCCGUUGAAUGACCAUUUGGUGUAACAAGUAGUGAACGGUGCCGCUCCGAACGAACCAGCAGAACCGAGCGAAGAAAGAAUCUACGUCGUGUACGUCGACGGUUCAAAAAGGAUAACAAAACACAGGAAAGGAACACACACACACACACACGAACACAGCCACACGAUACGUAAGAGGCGCCCCCCCGUAAGCCAGGCGCCAAGUGCAAUAAACUCCGUCUGCAAAACAAAAGCCUGGAACGAACUGGUUGGGGGGGCAAACAAAUCAUAAAAAGCCUCCCCUUACCCCCCCCCCCCCCCCUCUCUCCCACCUCACCCCGAGGCAGCGCCUGACCAACCAGCCGCCACCUUAUGGUCCUUUCUUCCGGUUCAGCUGGCUGAAAGAAGAAGCGGCAGAAGAAGAAGAAGCGGAAGAAAACAAGACCCAGCGGCCGUUCCAUCCAUCCAAUGUUUAUGCGCGGAUCUAGCGUGUGUAUGUGUGUGACUAAAGCUACAAGUUGGUUCCGGUGGCUUCACGCAGGAUCAAGCCUGAGCGAAGUUCGAGUUUUGUCCGACCUACUGCACUGAAGGACCUUAUGCCCGCGGUGGGAAGGAUUCCGGAUGGAUGAGAAAUGUGACCGGUAGCCUGGUACACCGUGAGGCUUACCGUAGCACCGGAUCCGGAUCGGGAAUCUGCAAUCGGUUCCGAAAACAAACGCCCAAAAGCGAGAGCGAGAGAGAGAGAGAAGGCGAACAAAUUGGCCACCGAAAAAAAUGUGGGACAGAAAGAAAGGAGCAAAGUGACAGAGACCGUUUUUGAUUCAACCCAGGGCAAAACCCAACCAACCCACCCACCCGAUCUCCACCCCACCGGGGAACUUCCGCAGGUCGUGCGGUGGUCAUCACCCUUUUUCACGCGUACGGAUGCGUUUUUUGGGGCGCCUCUUGCUAUAUAGAUCGGUUUGCGUGCGUGUGUGUGUCGGGGUUCGGAAUGAUGAGUGUACCGAACAACACAACCCACACCACCACACGGUAACAACAACAAAAGACGCCUGGAACUGGAAGAAAGCAUCCGUUUGGGUUUCGGUUGGGUUCCGCACUAUCCACCUACCCCAAAACCACCCACACACCCUCCCCGUCGCAUCACUCCGUUGAUGAGCCACGCGGCUACACGGUGCUAUCUGUAACCGAAAACACUAGUUUGGUGUGAACAACCGCGUUUUCCGUCUGUAUGUGUGUGUGUGUGUCUCUAGUUUGUUCUAUCCUGCCUGUACGUGUGUGUGUGUAUUUCAUGGGGGCUCUCUGUGUGCAGAAAAAAGUGCGUGUUUAGUGGUGCGUUUGUCCAAAACAUGACCCCAUUUUAAGAUUUUUUGUUCGGCCCAUUACAUCGCGAUGGCGCAUCUGUACGUGUGUGUGUGUGUGUGCGCGCCAUAAGCAUAGUUCCCGAGCAUAGUGGUCACCAUCUCUAAAAGCCAGUCAGUGAAACAAGUGCAGCAUCGCAUCGGAUCGCCACACCAUAACACCAGUAUUUGUUUAUUUAGAUAUCUUUGUGUGUGUACGUGUGUGUGUGUGGCGCGUGCGUGUGCAUCCAGCUCAACAGCAUUGUCAACAACGGUCCCUAUCCUGUGUGUGUGUGUGUGUAGAAGAAAGGAUGGAUUUUGUGCCGCCGAAAGCCACCUCAACGUGAAAAACCCGACCACAGCAGCUUCACAAUCAACCGCAACACAAAACAGAACAACCCCCCCCCCCAAAUGGGGUGGCUUCACACAAUCAAAUCCACUCGAACGUCCCCGUGAGGAUGUAGUUAAGUGGCACAGAAGAAAGGAGUGUCUAUCGUGUAUCGUGCUCCCUGUAUUAAAUCGUCCGCAAACCGAUGGUUGCAAUAUUUAUAUACAUAAAAAAGAUAGCUUUAUAACAACUGCGUGUCUGUGUGUGUUUAUGUGUGUGUGUGAGUUUGGCGACACGCGAGCGCAUGGUCCUUAUGGCAUUGGCCACGAGCCAUCAGCAGUACCCCAUCAGCCAUCAGGACGAUACGAAUACGAAUUUACAGGCGACAGACGACGAAGAAACAUCGAAAGUCAACAAUAGCCGUAGCGAAUGCCAGAAGUUCAGCACCAGUCAAGGGACCGCAGCCUUGAUGCUUGGGUCAAACGAGCAGCUUCGUGCCUCGUGCGAGGAUCAGGUCACCGGCACUAGCACCACGGCUGGCUGUGGUACGGUUAGCGUUAGUGAUACCUGCUGCGUGGAUAGCAUUUUAAAUGAAGAAUCAGCGAACAGAUAUGUCUCCGGUGCGGUGGAAACCGGCGAGAGUAAGAUGGAGGGUAGGGCAGCCAGCCGGCCGGCCUCCUCCUGCAGCAGUGGGAGCAGUUCUUCCUCCUCCGACAUUCAGCAGCACCUGCAGUCGAUGUUUUGCUUGUUGCGGCCGGAAGAAACCCUCAAGAUGGCUGUAAAGUUGGAAUCGUUACGGACGGGUCGGACCAGAUAUUUGGUCGUGGUAUCACGCACAGUAACAAGCAAGCGCCACAACACCGGCACACUAUACCUUACCGGAGGUGGUAGCAGCAGCAACGGUAUCGGCAGCACCACAAACGGUAGCAUCGUCUCAUCGUGGCCAUUGUCAGCGACGCCGCCGGCAACCUUCACCACCAUCCCAGCCGCGGCACAACAGCAGCAGCAGCCCCUGCACGGUGGUCGCUCGACCUGCUCAACACUGUCCGGCACAGUAACGGCGGUGACGACGACGACGACGGCACACACGCGCCACAGUAGCUGCACCGGCGAACCGUUCGCCGGCAUCGAUACGUUCGUGUCGACCAGUGUGGACAGCUGCGUCCUCAACGUUCGUCUGCCCGACGGAUCCGAUGUUCCGUGCAGGAGUGAUCAAUGUGAUAGUAAAACUAGUAGUAGGUUAAUUGAUAGCACCACCGCCGUGCCGGGAAUGGGCGACGGUUCGGACGACACGUGCUCCACACCGACCGGCCCGGAUGAGGUGACGGUCGCCGAUAAGCGAGACACGGAAUCGAACGAAUCCGCAACCGCUUGCUGCCAAGGGCAAGAGCUACAGCAGGGCCAUCAGUACCAGAACCAGCAUUCGAUCAGCAACAGUGCCAUUGCCACCAUGGAAGGAGGGAAAAAGAUUGAAGAGUCCUGUCUCCUCGGCAUUGAUUGUAACGAGCGGACGACGGUCGGAUUGGUGCUGAAGGUACUGGCGGACACGUCCAUACGGUUAGAUGGCGAUGGAGGAUUUAGCGUUAGCUCCUGUGGCAAGCAGCACAUCUUCAAACCGGUCUCGGUGCAGGCGAUGUGGUCCGCGCUGCAAACACUGCACAAAGCAUCAUUUAAGGCGCGCGAGCAUAACUUCUUUGCCGGCGGUCCGUCGCACGAUUGGGUGUCGUACUAUGAGGCGCAUAUCGAUUCGGACCGCUCCUGUCUCAACGAAUGGAACGCGAUGGAUUCACUAGAAAGUCGACGCCCACCGUCGCCGGGCUCCAUCCGCAGCAAACCGACCGAACGCGAGGAAACGGAAAGCGUGAUACGCUCGAAGCUGAAGGAAGUGAUGAUGUCGGUCGAUCUGGACGAUGUGACGUCAAAGUUUAUACGUGGUCGGCUCGAGGAGUUGCUGGACAUGGAUUUGGGCGAGUACAAACCGUUCAUCGAUGCCGAAAUGCUCGUCAUCCUGGGCCAGAUGGAUGCACCGACGGAGAUUUUCGAUCACGUGUACCUUGGAUCCGAGUGGAACGCAAGCAAUCUGGAAGAAUUGCAACGGAACGGCGUCCAUCACAUACUGAACGUAACGCGCGAGAUUGACAACUUCUUCCCGGGGCUGUUUCACUACUGCAACGUGCGCGUGUACGAUGACGAGAAGACCGACCUACUGCGCCACUGGGACAACACGUUCAAGUUCAUCUCGCGCGCCAAGAUGGAAGGCUCGAAGGUGCUGGUGCACUGCAAGAUGGGUAUCAGCCGGUCGGCAUCGGUCGUGAUAGCGUACGCGAUGAAGGCGAACGGGUGGAACUUUGAGCAUGCGCUGCGCCACGUCAAGGAGAAGCGUAGCUGCAUCAAGCCGAACAAGAACUUCCUGAUGCAGCUGGAAACGUACCAGGGUAUGCUGGAUGCGAUGAAGAACAAAGAAAAGCUGCAGCGUAGCAAGAGCGAAACGAACCUAAAGCUGGCCGGUGCGAAGGAGGGUCGUUCGUUGCCGGGCAGUGAACCGACUCCGCUCAUCCAGGCACUGAACGGUGCUGUUGGUGUUCAGGCUGGUGGUGGUAAAAAGCACCUGGUAGUGUCUGCUGCGGGCAAAGCUGGCCAUAAUCAUGCUGACGCCGACGAUGGUGACGUUUCGGCGAGUGUAGGCGUUUUAGGGGAAAAGGCUGAUUUCGAACCACGACUGGAUGGAGCGGAUGAAGCAGAUGGAGACGAGGCUGGUGCCAGUAGCAGGGGACGAACACGCACACGUCAAUCGAAACUACAAUCCGCUCAUCCACAUAACCUCAAACAGCUUGAGCUUGCGGGAGAUGGUAGCAGCAGUAGUGCCGGCACCGAUACGCAAUCACAAUCCGAACAGCAAACGACACUCCCGGCAGCAGCAUGUACAGCAAGUUCCACCUCGAAGCACAGCAAACUGUUGGCCAAUCUCUUUCUCCCAGCGACGACAACCGCCGGCAAAGCGUUCAUCCCUUGCGAAGGACGAAUCUGUGGCCGCGGUUCGGGUGCAUUGAAGCGCCACAAAAGUCUCUCGCCCGAUUCGUUCAAUCCUCGCUGGUCGGACAGCUACGAGUUUGAAUCGUCGUCGCUGGCGUACGCGGAAAAGUCGUUCCCAGCGGCGUCGCGAACAUCGCGCACCCGCACCAUGCUUGAGCUGGACAAUCAAAUCGAACCGUACGUCGGGUCGGGCGCCCCAUGCGGCGGUACCGGGCGCCGAAAGCAGCAGAGCUACUCGCUGGAACAUCUGCACGGCGGUGCGCUCGAUAUGCGUUCGCCCUGCACCGAAACGAAAACGAUACGCAUGCCGUGCGGCAACGGGCAGAACUACAGCGUCUCACCGAACCAGAUAGUGCACUUGCAGGACAAGCUGCCACCGAACGAUGUGCGCAAGAAGGUUCUCUCCAGCCUGGCGGCAGCGGCCACCACGUCUUCGACCGCCAAACCAAACCGUUCGGAAAGCUUCAUCCGGAAACUGUUCCCGAGCAGCAGCAGCAGCAGCAGCAGCAGUAGUAGUGGCGGUGGCGCCGGGACCAGUGAUCAGGAUUCCGGCUGUUCAUCACAGUCACUUGCGACAUCAGUGCCAUCCACAGUACCGUCGUCCACCUCAACACUGUUGGGGUCCACGGUGAAAGCGAUCGUCAGUGAGCUGGAGUGUAACAGCGGGAGCAACAUACCGAUCGCACCACCACCACUGCUAAACGAUCCCGGUACGCUACUGUCCCAGCCCGUGGCUCCCAUACCGAUAGCGUCCGUAGCGGCUGAAGCGGCGGCAGUUGCGGUUGCGUCUGCCAUCCGUGAAGCGACCCGUAAGGAUGUUCACGAGGCGAAGGAAGCGAACGCCACAGCACCGGCCUCUUCAACAGUGUCGCUGGAUGGGAAGGGCGACAAUCGUACGAACAAUCCCGAACAGUGGGAUCCAGGAGAUGGUAGAAGCGAACCCAUCUGUUGGACGUCUUCCGCGCAAAUCAUUCAACAGUGUUCCGCUGCGGUCGGAGGAUUCACGGAACCCGCUCCUACCGAUGCUCCAGCUGCUGCCGGUAGUAUGGAGUGUUGUGAAGUGGCAUCGGAAUCGGACGCCGGCAGCUGCUGUAAACCUGCCCCGGAGGUGAGCGUAUUGCGUCAAUGUUCGUGGAGUAGCUGUGAUUCGGGUUGUACCGGUAGCGAGGAAUCUCGAGCAGCAGGGCCACAGGUCAAUCAACAACGGCGUUUGACUACCUCCGGACCGCCCGGUGUAGUGAACAGCAGUAGUAGUGGUGGUAGCGGCAGUGGAGCGCUUAUCGACGAGAGAGACGUAAUUCCAUGGCAUCCAGGGACGGUGAAGCGCACGAAGAAGCGCAUAGAGCAGCGGAGUACGAACGUCGCCUCCACCGUUACGAUGAAGUGGAACACUCCCUCCACGACGGUUUCCACGUUGCCCACCGCAACGUCAGCGGUAUCGACCGACACCGGUGCGCACGGGGACGAUCUGGCUGCGUCGUGCACCACUCAACAACACUCGCAAAAAGAACAGCAAGAAGAAGGCUACCCGGCCGCCCGUGAACGCCCGGGAAUGGUUUCAUCGAGCUACGCGCGGUUAUCCGCAUCCGCACCCGAUUCCUACAAUCUGUACGCGGAACCAGGCAGUCGGUCCGGUGAAUCGGUCGGCAGUACGAACCCGCUGCCCGCAAAGCGCCAGGUCAAGCCCAACCAUCAACAUUCGUUUGCCGGCGCUGGGUGUGAUGACUCGGUCCCGCGGAAUCCAGCCGAAUCCUCCACAUCGUACUGCUUGCGGGUAAGCGUACGGGGUGCCGGUGGUGUCGUUGAGCGUCCGCAGCAGUCACAGCCGCAUGAGCCCGGUGAUGGAGCCGAGGAGGAUACAUUCAAUGCAGGCAAGGUGCGUAACCUGAAGAUGAGCUUUGAAGCGAAAUCGAACGACCGACGGCAGGGACCGAAAAAGGUACGCUCGCUACCAUCGUCGCCCGUUGCCGUGCACGUAUCGAUGGGCAGUCAGGCGAAGCGACCUCCAGCCACUUCCUCUGCGACCACGUCGACAACCACCGCCACUGCGUCCUCACCAUCGUCACCGUCACCGCUGGCCGGACUGGUGUCGGGACCGGCGACAGGGCAAGCUGCACACCAGAGCACCACUCCACCGGAAGAUGUGACAGUGCGUGAUCUUGUCGAUCGGUACGAGGUGCAGGGUCCUCGCGUACGUCCGGUCGGUAGUAGCUCACUGUCCCGGACCCAACGACCCCGCUCGGUCUUCGAACCGCUCAAGCAAAGCAGCACCGGUGGCAAACCGUUCGCUCAAUCCACCACCAACAACCUCCUAUCGCACUCCGCAACGCAGUGGCGUCUAGACGACUCGAUGCGACCACCAGUUCCUCCUCUGGUGCGUGGUUUGGUCCUCGCCCAGCAUGGUGCAGGUACCGCACCGUACAACAACAAAAGCACCAACGUCAGCCAAACCGCGCACGUACCGGCUCCCGGUCGCGGUUCGUCCGGGCCAGGCAUCGGUACGAACAGCAGCAGUAACGCUAGAAACAAUAACAACACCGCAAAACUAAUGCUGCAACAGUCCGGUGGAUCGGGUGAGGCGGGUUCACAGGUGGGAGGCAAGCGGACGCAGCAACACGGCAGAACACAUCCGCUAGCGAAAAUAAGCCCCAGUGCGAAACAUCACCAUCAUCACCUGCACGUGCAUCACCAUCUGGUGCAUCACCAUCAUCAGUACAACAUCGGACAGCUGCAGCAGCAUCGGCACAUCGGCACGGCACCAGGGCCGGGUGUAUCUGGCGCUACGGGGCCUUCUGCCACCGUCACAGCUAACGCGUACAAUACGAUGUGAAUUCUAGACGAGUCGUACGAUAGAGCGAGAGAGAGAGAGAGAGAGAGCGGUCACACACACACACCACACUUUCGCAGGAGUUCGACCGAAUGUCCAGUUUCCUGAGACAACCUGAAACCCUUUUUAUUCUUACAUCUUUACACCGAGCUGAAGCAGUAGUGCAAUAAUUUAUUUUUUUACUGGUAGUUUUUCGUUUGUUUGGCAAACAGAGUAGAACGCAGGAAGGGUACAGCACAGUCAGAUAGUGAACAGGUAUAGUAGAACGAACGCAAUGUUGAGAGAUUAGUGCUAGAGAGAUUUUGAGUUGUCAGACUUUGUCCAUCUCUUAACAGCAGUAUGUCAGGGAUUCGCAAGGGAUCCAACAGGUCCCUGCGAGUCGAUAGAAAGCCUCAAUGUCUCAAUGAGGCGCUGUCGCUGUCGUAUCAACUCAGCUGAAGCUGGAACCCACCAGGUUCUCCAUGUGCUUUCUGUCGUCAUUUAGUCAAUUGUGAAAACUGUCGAAAUACGCCCCGUAUGACUUACAAACCGGCACAGCACAAAACCAGUCAGAGCAUAUUUUUAUAGUUUUGGAGACAUUUUUGUUUUUUUUUUGUUUUGUUUUUUUAUUCGCUCGGCUCUUACCGUCGGCGAUAUCAUCACUCCUCUGUCAUCUCUCGGCUUAGUUGAACGUAAAAAAAAAAAAUGGUGCAAUAAGGUAACAAAAAAGCAGAUAGUUAAACAAAAAGCAUUGCUUGCUUGGAUCUAGAAACAAAACAACAAUUAAUGCCAACGCUUACACACUCGCCAAAGCGCACCCUUGCUUUAGACGCCAACCAGCUUUUGACAGUUGUUAGUUUGACCCUUCAGUGAGGUUCAAUGGGUUCGUUUAUAUUGUUUACUCUGUUCGUGCAUGCGCUUUUACAAUUCGUAUUUUGUUUGUGUUUUUUUUUUAUAUUAAAACUUCAUGUUUCUAACCAAAUUGACAUUCCUCUGCAGGGAAUCUGUUUCAAAUUCGAUGGCGAUGAACCUAAAAGCAAGUUGGCUUCCGGAACGCUAACACUAACGCUAAUCCAAAACUGCCCUGAAGCCUGAAGCUGGCAUGUAAAAAUGUGCGCCUUCUAUUUUUAAAGCCCCCCCGCUCCCCCUCACCUCCUAGUCAACAAAUACCUACCCACGAACAACAUGAUCUUAUUCGCAUUUGUUUUAUUUUGUACAUUUUUAAAUACCAUUCCAACGUAGAACGACCAGCAUGCGCACGGUUGUACCGGCUACUCUCGCUUAGGAGCUAUCCUCCAAAAACCUCUGGCAAUUCAUCACUUAACAUUGCAACACUGGGACUGAAUUAGGGCGCGCAUCAGUGUGAGGCGCCUGGGAUAAAAUGGCGCGCGCCACGUGAGCUAGCAACACCACCAACUCCCUUUUUAAUCCGCGUAGAAUCUGUGAAGCUUAUGGACAUCUGUUUUAUCUGCUUACGAUCUCGCCGCUUACAUAACUGUUGCCCCCCCCCCCCCCCCCCCCCCCGGAACUGUUUGAGCUGUAUGCUGAUCUCGUGAUCGCGAUGGGGAUGCCAUCAGACUGCCUAAAGUCCUUACGACUCCAAAACGUCACAAAGUACUCAGGAGCAAAUCCUCUACUGAAACCCUAACGAAAGACAGCAAGUUGUGGUUUUGUAAUUGUUUUCUUUUUCUUUCUUUUUGUGUGUUUGUUUGCGUAUUUUGCUUAUGGAAAGUUGGAAGCGACACAGGGCUACGGGAGCAAAUGCUGUGCCUACUUUGCAUUUCCAAUAACCAAUCACCUCAGCAAACCUUCCCCAACAUAUUGCUUCCCCCGGAUUAAUGUUACACUUAUUUUAAAUCAUACAUGUUAAACGAUUGUGCGUGUGUUUUCGUGUGUGUGUGUGUGUGCGUAUUGUGUGCAUAUAUGCCCGUUGCAUGUAUAUAGGCUAGGCUAGAUCUUGAGAAUGUUGAGCGAAAGUGAAGCAGAAGGCAAAAACACGGAUAACCACCACGAUCACGUGUCGUGUGUGGGUGGGUGUGUGUGUGCAGAAAGGUAAUAGUUAUAAGUAAGGACCUCAUUUCCCCCCUCCCACAACCCCACCCCGCCCCUCCCGCUGUGUACAGUUAGUUACUCAUUCAAUUUCAUCGAAAAAAAAA